AUGAUUGAUACAGAUCUUGUUGAAUUAUAUACACAUUGUGUUUUAUGUAUUGAUAGAUAUCGAUCGGAUAGUGGAGGUUAUCCACCUGACACUUUUGUUGAGCAUUACUUUGAUGAUAUGGAUUUAGAGAAAAAUAAGAAAGAUAUGGAAUUUAUUUCGGAACUUAUAGUUGGAUUGGAACGAUAUGAAAACUUUAUCAAUACGACUUUGGAUCUAUUUGCAAAAAGAAGUUCUGCUGAGGAAUUUUUAAUUUUAAACAGAGAAAAGACGGACUAUUCUGUGGUUUUGUAUAUGCUCUAUUUUAUCUUCCCUGAAAAAGCAACAUUUGCAUUCCUUAAAUUAUUUUUCUCUAAUGCACUUGUACCUGUAAAGAGACAGCGAUUUAUUCAAUUCAUUUUCAAUUCGGACAUAAUUGCUGAAAAGUGUGUCGAUGAAUGGAGUAAGCAUUAUGAAAUAGCUUGGAUAGAAGCUGAAAUUAUCUCAUCGGUAAAGGAAAAUCAAGGCACUGUUUUGGAUUAUGCAGCCACUCUUGUUGAUAAAUCAAAACCUCAGAGAAAAGCCGAUACAGUGAUGGAGCCAUUCAACUUGACAGAACAAAAACCCAAGACCCUCCCAGUAGAGGAAGUUAUUGAUUUUAAAUUUAAGACAAAGGAAGUACCGGCUACAACCUACCAACCAGAGCAUCCAGGUAUUGCUAAAGCUCUGGAUAUGUACAGGGAAGGUAAAAGAGUGCCAUUCCUUGACGAAAAGGUAUUGGAAAAGAAUAGAAAUGAGAUGAAUAAGUUGCGAGAAGAAAUGGAGAAGAGUAAGCUCAAUAAUUCUACUCUCUUCCAAAAGAAGAAGAAAGAUGCAGAAGAGUUUGCCAAAAAAUACGAGGAAACAAUUCCUUCCCCCAAGUUUGUAGUGAAAGACAUCGAACAAGUUAGAAAGAUACUAGAUGCUCCAGCUAAUGUCAAACUGAACGCGGCAGCAAUCUUGAGAGAAGAAGCCAUUGUCAGAAAGAAGCAAGGAAAAGAAGCUGAGUUGUUAAAGAAAUACGAGACUGAAUUGAGAGAUGACUCUGAGUUUGUAAAUUGGAAGGAAUCAAUGAAACUUAUGGAUGAAAAAAAACAACUGGAAGAUAUUGAAAGAAAGAAGAGAGAAGCUAUGGAAAGUGAUCUCAAUGCAAGAUUAAUGAAGGAACAAUUUGCAGAGAAGAACACUAUUAUCGCCUCAGAACAGAAAAAGAAAAGGGAAGCAGAUGUUAAUGCACUGAAAGAAAAACUUGUCACUUACCAAAAGAUGCAAGAAGAAAAAAACAAAGAGUUUGCAAAGGCCAGAGAGGAAAAAUUGAAGGAGGUAAAGAAGGAAAUUAAGAUUGAAAAGAAGAGAACUGCCUAUGAAGUGAAAAAACAAAGAGAAGUCAAUGAAAAGAUAAUUAAGAAACAACAAGAGGAGGAACAGAAGAAGAGAGAAGAGUUGAUGAAACAAAUCAAAGCUUUAGUGAGUGGCUCAAAACGUCAAACAAAAACAUUCGAUAGAACAGAAACUUCAGAAGUUGGUCUUCUAGCUGAAAUGUCUAUACAACAAUUAAAGGAGGAACUUGAUGGUCUUAAGAAAAAACAAGAACAAGAGCGAGAAGAAAAGAAAUCUCAAAUUAUUUCACAAAAAAAGGAAAAGGAAAAUGACAUGCAGGCAAAACUUUCCUUACUUCGAAAACAUAGAGAACAAACGAAGAAGGAACGAACAACCAAUAGAAUGAAAAAGAUUGAAACUAUGGAGACUCAAAACAAGCAGGCAGAAGAAAUGAGACGAGAGGGAAUGAUAGCCCUCAGUGAAAAGAUUGAGCAAAAGCGAGACCUGAAAAUGAAAGAACUCAAGCAACAAGCAGAACUGAAGAAUCAACGAUUGAAAGAAAAACAAAGACUUCACCAAGAAAAAGAAAAUGUUGAGAAGAAGCACUGGGAGAAUCAAGAAAUAGGUGCAGAACGAGAAUGCCUUAUAAGAUUUGAAAAUCAAAAACGAAGUGCUCCUGUUAGAAAUCGAUCCAAGAAAAUAGGUCUUUAUAAAACAAGUGACAAUAUAACUGAAGCCAUACAUCACGAGGAGGAAACACCAAUUAACGAGGAAGUUGAAGAUCAUCCUGAAGACACAACUCACAAUACAUCUGCAGCAGAAAUAAACUAA